AUGCCCAAAGUGGAGGGUGUGAAGUAUGUGCUGCUUGAUAUCGACGUACUAGCCACCGAGUGGGACGAUGCGAGCUUCAAGCCAUACCGUGAUGCCUUCCCAGAAGAAUACCGCUCUUCGCCAGCGGCCCUGCAGGCCCACGUAGAAGGUCUCACAAAGCGCGAUGUCAAAGUCGCAUACCUCAAGAACCUCCAAGGCUACCUAUGGGAAGACGGUUACAAGUCUGGCGCCUACUCUACUCCCUUGUUCCCGGAUGUGGCACCACGGCUGAAGGCCUGGAAGGAUGAUGGUGUCCGUCUUGCCAUCUACUCGUCCGGCAGCGUCUUUGCGCAGAAGCUGCUGUUCCAGCAUGUUAGUGUGGGCGAUUACACUGCAGCUGUAGCUGGCCAGAAACGCUCGCCAGCAACGGCGAGCAAUACUGACGAUGGUAAUGCUGAACCAGCAAAGAAGGCGGCACGUCGCAGUAGUCGCAACAAGCCGACUACGAACGAUGCUAUCUCUACGGAUCAGGACAAGCCCGAUGCUGGCAUAACGUCCGCCACACAACCUACAGGCACAGAGGAUCUUCGAGGCCUAAUGACCGAGGACGGAUGGUUCGACACCACCAACGCCGGCCUGAAGGCUGAGGCGACUAGCUAUGAGAAGAUCGUGCAGGCUUUAAGGUGGAAGCCAGCCGAGACAUUGUUCCUGACUGACAACGUAAAGGAGUACGAUGCUGCGGACUCGGCUAAACUGAAAGUGCUAUUGCUCGAUCGACCUGGGAAUGCCGUGGUAUCGGACGAUGAUAAGGCUAGGCUGCAAAUUGUGUCUAGUCUGGAAGACAUCGAUCUCACUUCGAGCAAGCCUAGCGAUGGGAAGAAGAGCGUGCCAACAGACGAGAAGAAAGAAGAGUCGUAA